AUGGCGGCUCAAAUCAGCAAGAAAAAGAAGGUUAGAAAACCGACGAAAUCUCUCUCAGGACGUCAUCUUAACAAGAAUUUGUUAUAUGCCAUUAAAAUAUACUCACUUACCUAUCAAUUCAUUUCAUUGUAUGGAGGCGAUGGCCAAGUUAUGGUCAAGAUUUAAAUUGAUUUACUUUCUUAUUUUUCGUAUCUGGAUAAUGAUAGACUUUCAAUUUCAGAAAUCAGAGCUUGUAACUGAGUCCCUGGCCUAUUCUCCCACCGUUAUACUGAAUUUAAUGCGUCACUAGUUUGAUUCUCUCUGGUGUACUCGGUGGCUCUCUCUUGAAAGCAUUUGUUUGUGCAAAGGAUUUGGCUUCAUGAAGAAUAAUUCUCCACAGUAAAAUACAACGUUUUUCAAUAAUCCUAUUAGUCUAAAACAUCGAUAGAAGGACUGGAAAAUGCUUUUUUUUAUUGUCAAAAUCAACUUUAUUAUUCUUCGUUUUCGUAUAGUUUGUUGCUGAUGGCGUAUUCAAAGCCGAACUGAACGAGUUUUUAACUCGUGAAUUAGCAGAAGAUGGUUACAGUGGAGUCGAAGUUCGUGUUACUCCCAUCCGAACUGAAAUCAUCAUAUUGGCAACCAGGACCCAGAAUGUUCUUGGAGAGAAAGGUCGACGCAUCCGUGAACUGACAUCAGUGGUACAGAAGAGAUUUGGAUUUCCUGAGGGAACUGUGGAGGUUUGUUCUUAAAUUGAACUCUAUUUACAACGCUGUUGGACAAAAUAGUUGAAAAAUUUGGAUCCCCCCCCUCCCCCAUUCAAGGAUAUGAUAUUGCUGUUGUGAAAUCAAUCUGACAAAUUUAACAACAGCAAGGGCUGUAUUUGCUGUAGUUGCUAAGGCCUACAGAGCAUUAAUUUUGAUUGUUAUGGGGAUGGAAUCUGAAAUUCCUUGGCCGGGUUGUUCAAACAGGGUUGAGAUAACCGAGGGUUAGUGCGAAAUUUGAAUUUAGAUAUGAAAGCUUAAGAAGUGAAAUCAGUAUUAUUCUUUUUGUCUACAAUUUGAUGUUUGAAAAUUAUACUGGAAAAUGCUUUUGAAUAAAAGAAAAAGAAAUGUGGGUUAAAAUUUGACCCUGGGUUAGCACUAAUGGCCUUCAAACAACUGGGCGCAGAGCAACUUGGAUAUGUGACUUACUGUUGUCGGCAGAGAUAAAUCCUGCUUUGCAAUCUUUAAAAGUGAAUUAUGAUUGUAAGCAAUAUGUGCUAAUUAUUAUUUUUUUAAACCCUGUUAAAUAUUACACCAAUGUCUUUUCCAGUUGUAUGCAGAGAAAGUUGCCACAAGAGGUCUGUGUGCCAUUGCACAGUGUGAGUCUCUUAGGUACAAGCUGAUUGGUGGACUUGCAGUAAGGAGGUAGGUGAUCAGAAGAAGUCCACAAUUUUUUUCUGCCAAGUAGAGAUGUGAAUGAAGAUUUGAAACUGGGGAUUUUCUCACACUAGGGAAAGAUUCGAAAGAGACGCAAUCCUUGAUGUGCGUACUCAUUUCAAACCAACUGAGACAUUUCAGUAUACCCAUUUUGCUUCCUGUCACCUGCAAGGAGUUAAAAAAGGCUUCAUUAAAGGGGAAGCCCUCCGACUCCUCAGAACAAACUCUUCCGAACUAAUAUUCGAAGAGAAAAUUACAAAUUUCAAAGCGCAUCUGCUACAGAGGGGUUACCCAGAGGAUCUUAUUAACACAACCCUCUCAGAGGUGAACUUCAUAGACAGGAAACUAGCCCUUCAACAGAAACCAAAGACAAACCAACGAAUCUUGCCUUUUGUCACACAAUACCAACCAUCAGUGCCAAACCUAAAGCAAAUUCUCAUGAAAAACUGGCAUUUAAUAGAACAACAACCAUUACUGAGCGAAAUCUACAAAAAACCGCCCCUCGUAUCUUAUAAAAGAGGGCGGUCGCUCAAAGACAUACUCGUGAGAGCCAAACUAUAGAAAGGCUGUUUUAAACACGCGCUGGGGAGUCGUGUAGGCCUGUCAACCCCAUUUUACACUUGGCCUUAGUUAAUUUAAUAGAAAGACAAACUCCAGAAAACAUUAGAAACUGCUUUUAGUUUUGUCCGACUGCAUUUUAAUUAUGUGUCUCUCUCCCUGGAUACUUCUGCUUGCGUCGUAUGUUAGAGACCCCUUAAAACCAUGAUGGCAAUGGCGAUGGGAAUGUCUAAAACACAAAAAAUUUUCUGCGCAAAAUAACAACUAUGCAUGUGCGUUAUGCUAUCCCUGCACAACUACAACAUGAAAUGACAAAAUUCUGGGUUGACAUGAGAACAGGAACAGAGAGGCGAUAAAUUUUACUUUCUCUCUAAACUCUGAUGAGGUAUCUUUAGUUCUAACCUUACCUGAAAAAAGUUCAAAGGAUGCAAAGUCUAUUUUUCAGUGAAGUUUUCAUUGGCAUUGCAGUUGUUGGAUCAUAAGGUCCCUAUAUUAACAUUAGAAUAUUGACCCAACGAUGUUUUUAGCCUUUUAACUCCUUGUAAAAGUUAGAGUGAGAUGACUGGUCACCCUAACUUUUAAAAUAAUCUAUGGAAAAAAAAAUCUUGUUACUAUAGGUGGUUUUCAUGCAAUCUCGGGAGACACAAAUAACAAUGGUGAAAUGAACAAAUGCUGGUGGGCAAACAAAACGAGCUAAUGAGCAAUCUUUUGUUUAUCGUCCACCAGCAUGGCGGAGAUGACGUAAUGUGAAAACCACCUAUUCAAAUGAAACCUCUAUGGUAGAUUUUUUGCAUAGCCCUAUUUAUUUCUUAGGUUUAAACAAACCAUAGAAAUUUGAGUGUGCUAGUGAAUUUUUCAUUGACCAUUGUUAGGAUUAAAAGGGUUAAUGUGUUUCUCCAAACUUGCCUAAUGGAUUGUACUAAUCAAGAGCAAGAAAAAUAAGUUUUAACACUUGCAAAUGAAAAAAAAUUGUUACUCCUGGGCCCGGUUCCUGAAAGGCCGAUUAGGGCUAAUCCAGAAUUAAUUUUUUUUGCACUUUUUGUAUUUACCUUCCUAUGCAUUGCUCAGAGUAACAAUUUGUGUUGCAUUACUGUAUUUCAGAGUAAAGGCUUAACACUAUUUUGAAAGUUUGAGUUACAUGUCUAUUUUUAGCCAAGAAAACCUUGCUUAAAAUUUGGCUUAAUCCUGGGUUUAACUUAAUCAUCUUUUGAUGAACUGGGCCCUGUGUUCCUACAUUUGAUCUCUGUAAAAAAUAAGUAAAAUAAUGAGGUUGAAAUGAUGUGUUGCUUUGUUAGGGCUUGUUAUGGAGUACUUCGAUUCAUUAUGGAAAGUGGUGCUAAGGGUUGUGAAGUUGUUGUCUCGGGAAAACUGCGUGGUCAGCGUGCAAAGUCCAUGAAGUUUGUUGAUGGUUUGAUGAUCCACAGUGGUGAACCCACCAAUCACUAUGUAGACACAGCCAUCAGGCAUGUCUACCUCAGGCAGGGUAUGUAUUAUGAACAAACCAAUAUCUGCUGUGCUUCAAUUUUGUCCCUGGCACAAAUAAUUUUUGGUUGAUUACCCUUCCUUUAGUAAAUGAAAACUCAAAGGAAUCUCUAGUUCAGACUAGAGAACCAUUCAUGUACUUGAAAUAGACACCUUCAAAAAUGGACUGGUAGGCCCAACAAGUCUUAAAACUGUGGUAUGAGUUAGCUUCUAAACAAAUGACUGGCCCAAAAAGUUGUAUCAAGGGCAAUUCAAUAUUAUGUAUCUUGAUAAUACAAAACAAUACCAGGAAGGUUUUACUGUGUGCAAAGGGCUACAUAUAAUGAUAAUAUUUAAAAGCUUGAUGUGAAACAGAGUGUUUUAUACCGCUAAAUACAUUACGUGAGAUGCUAAGAAGUUUUCAUUUUGUCAGGUGUGCUUGGUAUCAAAGUAAAGAUCAUGCUUCCAUGGGACCCUACUGGCAAAACAGGACCCAAGAAGCCACUUCCAGAUCAUGUCAGUAUUGUGGAACCUAAGGAGGAGGUCAUCCCAACUACUCCUGUAUCUGAACACAAAGGAGGCAAACCUGAACAGCCUGCAGGACCCAUCAUGUGA